AAUGACAGUUACCUGUGAUAACGGGAACUAACUUGUCUCAUGGACGUUCCACAACAUUAAAUGUAACUAUAAACGGCUAAAACUAUGUCACUGUUUAAUAAAUUAAAAUUUGUAAUUAUUGAAAAUUUGCUGUGAUAUAAGAGGAAUAAAACACUUUGGGAUGUGCUGCCCCUGGAAAAUAAUCAACUUCACUUUGUGUCGGACCCCAUCACGCCACUCCAGUGUUGAUUAUUUUCCUAAAACAGCAUGCCUCAUUGUUUAUCAUUUAUUCCUUACUUACGGAACAAUGGAUGUGUUAAAUACAUCAUCCAGGAACAACAUCAUUCCACUGUAUUAAUGUAGAGCUCUGACUACAUGCAAUCGAUGCAUCUCUCUCUGCAGAGCUCACUACGACAGCACUGAGUACACUUUCUGCAGCUGGCGUCAGUGAGGGAGGGGGAAAGUAGAGAGAGACACAGUGUCCGUGUUGGAGAAGGAGGGGGAGGAGUAGAAAGAAAUGUAGAGGUAGAAGAGCUCGGCUCAUCAGCACCAUGUAGAGCUGCAAUCUGGGCCAGAAGAAUGUAGAGAGAGGAGAAUGCUGCUGCUGGAGCAGCUUGAUCUAUGGCGCAAGCAGAGUGGGGGAUGUUCUAAAGAAGCCAGAGUGUGUUUUCCACAGCUGACAGUGAGUAAAGUGUACCUCAGGGAAGAUGUAUGCCUUCUACUCUCUGCUGGUCUACAUCUUCUACACUGUUUUUAAGAAGGAAGAGGAGACUGCACUUGAAGGGGCAUGUGGAGAGACCACAGAGGAGCCUGGCCAUGUUUCCAUGGAAACAGGGAGCAGGAGGAAAGGUGGCCACACCCCCAGGUUGGGAAAAAGGCAGUGUGACAGAAUCAGUGAUUCAUGCAGCAGCAGCAGUGACAGCGAUGAACUGUCUCUCAGUGAUGGAGAUGGCGAUAUUGAUGACAGUUAUGCAAUCCCGGCCAAGACACCUUUGGCAGCCUUCCUGUCCUUCAGACAGGAAACGGAAAAGAGGAGAGUUUCCAGUGUCCACACUGAGACGGGGGAAAAGGUGUUCGAGUCUCCUCUGGUGGCAGUGAUGUCUCAUCUACUGAGCUUCCUGGAGCAGUACUCCCACCUGCAACAGCUGCAGCAGCAGGCCGAGCAGUACCGCAUGCAGCUGCGCAGACAUCGUGUGCAGCACCGGCGAAAGAUGAAAGCUCUGCGCAGCUCCUACCGGCAACGCCUCCGUGACAAGAGCAGCGUCAUCCACAGCCUGGAGGAGGCCAUUGCUCAGCAGCAGACCCCUUCACCUGAUAAUGACAGGUCUCCAGGCCUGCAUAAGCUGGUGCAGUCUCUGUGUGGCCUGCAGGGGGAGAGGAGUCUGCUGCGAGGCGAGCUGCGUCUCCUCCACUCACAGCUGGAACAGAGAGAGCAGGACCGCCACUCCAAAGUACAAGCCUUCCAACAGCAGAUUGAUGAGCUGAAGAGCUGCAUUGAGGAGCGAGAAGAAGAACUGUCCAAACUCCGCAUUGCAUCUGGAGCAACAGACUCAGAAAAGCGCAUGCUGUGCUUGUCAGCUGAGAACGAGAGUCUGAAACAGAGCCUGUCAGUGACUCAGGGUCUCCUGCAGCAGCUGUCCAUCAUCCCAUCUCAGUCCAGCUCACUGCUCAUUAAGGAGAACGAGAACCUGCGCAGCCGUGUUCUGCAGCUGGAAAGCACUCUGCAGCAGCGGGCUGAGCAGCUUUCAUGCCUGGAGCGCCAGAGCGAGCAGGACCAGUGGCGCAGGGGAGAGGAGCUCCGGAGAAGAGAUGAGAGAGUGAAAGAGCUUCAGCUCGAGCUGGACAAGGAGCGCAGCAAGGAGCCUAUAGUGAAAUAUGUCACUCAGACAGUGGAAGUGGAGUCGCCUUCAACAGUGAGGCAACUCACUGAGGCCAGACAGAAAAACGAACAACUAAAGCAGAGGUUGUCCAGUCAGAAAGAACGAUGCAAACAGCUGGAGGAGAAAAUCAGACGCUCUGAUGAAGUUAGCUGCAAUCUUCAGCAUAAGAUUGCUGCAUAUGAGAGAGAGAUUGGGACACUGCAGGCAGAGCUGAUGAAGGAAAUCGAGCAUCUGGAGGAAAAAAAAGAUGAGGCUGUGAAAGCAGCUGCAGACUGUUCACAGGAGCAGUUUCAGAACCUGCAGGAUCAGUUCAUGACUCUACAGCAGCGUCUGAAUGCUCUCCCUCCCACCCUGCGCUCUAUGAAGACAGACUAUGCCAGUCUGCGCAGUCAGGUCCGCAAUUUUUCUGAGUUUUAUGGAUCAGCCAUCAAAGAGGCCAAGAAUCAGAUUUCAGCAGCAAUAAAUGAAAUAUCCGAGGCCAAUAAGGACCUUCUGGAGAAGUACAGGAGAGAGGUUGCCCUUCGCAGGAAAUACCACGAGCAGUUGGUAGCGCUGAAAGGCAACAUCCGCGUCCUGUGCCGUGUGAAACCAGUUCUCAAAGAGGACCAGCAUGACGAAUACCAGGCUGUCGUUGUGACCACGGACCCACACAAUGAAUCUGCUCUCACUGUCCUGAGUAAGGGCAAAGCAAAGACCUUCGAGCUGGACAAAGUCUUUCACCCUCAGGCUACUCAAGAGGAGGUGUUCCAAGAAAUUGAGCCCCUGAUCACCUCCUGCAUAGAUGGAUAUCAUGUCUGCAUCUUUGCUUACGGCCAGACGGGCUCAGGGAAGACCUACACCAUGGAGGGUCCUGUGGAGAACCCAGGCAUCAACCAGAGGGCUCUGAAGCACCUUUUCAAUGAGAUCGAGGAAAGGAAAGACAUGUGGACCUACACAGUCACUGUCAGUUCAGUGGAAAUCUACAAUGAGGUUCUCAGAGAUCUGCUGAGUAAAGAUGGAGAGAAGCUGGACAUCAAAAUCAAUCCUGAUGGUACAGGUCAGCUACAUGUGCCUGGUCUCAGGAUCAAAGAAGUCAAAAACUUUCAGCAUAUCAAAAAAAUACUGGCAACAGCACGGAGAAACAGGAUAACGUUUGGAACACAAAUGAACCAGCACAGCUCUCGUUCACACGCUCUGCUCACCAUCACGGUGCAGGGAACAGACCUCGCCACUGGCACCAAAACCACUGGUAAGCUGAAUCUGGUGGACCUGGCUGGUUCGGAGCGUGUGUCCAAGUCAGGGGCGGAGGGUGAGCGGCUGAAGGAGGCCCAGAACAUCAAUCGCUCACUGCUGGCACUGGGAGACGUGAUCCAGGCCCUGAGGGGCCGCCAGACCUACAUCCCCUUCAGGAACUCACGCCUCACAUACCUGCUGCAGGACUCACUGGGCAAGGGCAACAAAACAGCCAUGGUGGUGCAGAUUUCCUCACUGGAGAGGAAUGUUGAAGAGACCCUGUGCUCGUUGAAGUUUGCGCAGCGUGUGUGUAAAGUGGAGCUGGGCCCGGCUGCACGCAAGAUUGAAAGUGGAAGCCAUUGUGAAAACUACUCCUAAAGCUAACCUGCAUACUUCUGCAACUAGAAAUCCAGGAAUAUUUUCAUCCCCAGUUUUUUGCUUUGCCUGAGAUUUCUGAUGCGACUUCCAUUUUAUUUUAAGGGCUAUGGUUUGGGACGCCACACAAGUAGCAUCUAUUUCUUACUGCUGAGUAUUCUCAAGAGCCAUGGUUAAUACCUGACAGCAUGAACAGCAGUGGCUCCUUUCUACAGGCUGAGCGGCAUGUCCGAGUGCAAUAUUCCUGCGUGCAGAUUGCCUCACUGCACUUUUACUACACUCUAGAAAACCACACCGUCCUGCUUGAUAAAGGACACUUUAUUGAUCGGACACUCUUUGGUGCAGCAAAAAAAAAUAAAAGGUCAUGACAGUAUAUCCACUAUAACCACUGUAUCGUCACCUACUAAGUUUCCACCAUCACUUCCUCGCUCAUCUGGACACUGCUGUAAUGAUCCAUUUAGACUUUUUCAGGUUAAUGCUGUGACGUGUGUCAGUAGCUGAUCUACACUGAGGUGAUGAAAAUGUGUUAAGAGCUUUUGUGAUUAUGUAACUGUAUGAAGCUCGUUUUUCUGUUCACUCUGUUAUAUCAAUGUGCUGAGGAGUAAGGAGUGGUCAUGGGAGAUGGAUGCAUUAAGGGGUACAAAUGUGUGGCAGUCUGGGAAACCCAUCAGGCUUUGCUGUGGCAAAACGAAAAAAAAAAAAAAACAGAAAAAGAUGACAAAUUGGGCUUUGGCCAAUUUUUGUUUUCUGCAUAUACAAUACUUCUGAUGCUUUUAAAAACCCUAAAUAUAUUUCACCAAAAGAAUGUGAAAACUGUUUUGUUUGCAAGAAAAUGCAAAAGGUCAUCAUGUGAAGAGUUUCCCCAGUCUGCCACACAAAUAAGAUCCACAACCUAUCACACUUUCACAGACUCUUGUGUGGUAAACUCAUAGUUUCCAUAAUCCUCAUUUAACCCUGCAUUCUGUUUAAUAGUAUAUAAUCAGGUCGGUUUAAUUAUUCUCUGUGCAAUGUUUGUGGGAGGCUCAUAAAGGAGUAAUGUGAGUAAUGAUUAUUGUAGGAUGUUUCCUCUUCAAGGCCUGAGCAGAUACGUUUUAUUAGCCAUUAUUAUUACUGUAGCAAAUGAGAAAUGCACUUUACUUCCAAUACAAAACUAGGUGCUUUGUCCAUAGAACUAGUGAAUAUUUCAACAAAAAUAUUGUUCUGCUUGUGCCAUUUUCUGUUAGUGGAUAAAUUAAUAUUUAUACAGGAUUUAAUGUAGAUGGACUAAUAUUUAUUUAAUCUGAUGUGAACGUCAUAUUGCUGGGUCUCAGAAUUAUGAGAAAUUGUAGAAUCAUGAAUGGAAAGUGAACACACAACCGUAUUAUAACCACUACAUUCUGAUUUAUCUCUAUCGAAAAAUUAUUUAAUUCAGUUUCUGUACUCCAGGUGAGUAAAGCAAUUUUUAAUGAAAAUUUUAAAAGCAAAUAUUAUAUUAGCUUGUUAUUGAAGCCAAAAAGAGAAGCAGUGUUUUCCUUAUAAACACAAGGACUGCCCUUGGCAUUCUUACAGAUUUCUCACUGACUUUGGCCCUUGAAACUUUCCUUAUCAAUUGUAUCAGUGACACAAGAGAGAAAUAAAAUCUAACAAUGUCCCUUGGCGCCUUUAUUUAUAACCUUGUGUUAUGUGUCAGUGUGUUUGCAUUCGCUCCCUCUCUGCUCCCCUUUCCACUGUUUAUUUGUUCUUCUUUCUCUGGCUGUCCUCUUAUAGCUGAAUCCCUGUGGCAAUCACCAUUACCUGGUUGACAGGACCUGACCAAUGGGAAAGCAAGAACCCGAGCUAUCAGUUUAAAAGCAGCACAUUGACGUCCUUGUGUCAGCCACUUAGCUGUGUGUUGGCCUGUUGUUUUGAUUGUGGGUUUGUUGGUUGUUUUGUUCUCCCUUUCUCCCUUAUACUUGCUCCCUUGGUUUGAGAACAGGUAAGAACGUGCACACACCUACAUCCCAUCACAUAGGUUGUUUUGAAUGUCUAGAUACACUAGGAUUAGAGGGCAGGUGCCACCGCUUGUAUUUCUUGUUAGCUUAGCCUGGUGUAGUUAGCUAGUUUUUAUACUUUAAAUACAGCCUAGUGUAGUCUAUUUUUACCAUGUUCAUUCCUUUGACACCAUCCAUGUUCUCUCUCCUAGAUGAGACUAGUUUCCCUGUCAUUGUCAUUUGUUCAAGGUUGUCCUGCCUUUAGUGUCUGUAAAUGCCUGUCCUGUUUUUGUGUCAGAAAUAAAAGCUAUAACCAUACCUUCAACCUCCUGUCCUACUCAUAUCCACCAUCACUAUUAUCCAACCAACCCGCAAUCCUAAAAUGUUAUCUGUGGCAACGUAACACCUUGUGACUUUUGGAGGUGUCUUCAAUUCAUUAAAACUAAAACUGCUGCUUUUUUUACUGUAUUGCUUAUAAAUAGCAACUUAAAGCCAGUUUUUUUAGAUGCCAUAAACAUAAAUUUUAAUUAAAAUCCCAAAGAAUAACUAGCAGAGUGUUAGAUUAGGCUUAAUCUGUAACUAUAACACCAGCUAAACUUAUUCUAGGAGUAGUACAAAUAGAACAAGAGUAAUCGAAAUAGAAAAAAAAAUAUUUUAUUUAAGUAUGAAAGAGUGGAAAUCUUUUCCAAUUUCAGGAUGGGGAUACCAGAUACAAAUCUUUGUACAUCAUCACAAUAUUUUUCUUUCAUUCUCCGUCUCUCUCUCUCUCACACACACACACACACACACACACACACA